AUGACCGCAACCCGCAACCCGCAACCCGCAACCUGCAACCUGCAACCCAGCAACACUCGCGCGAACAUGUCGACACCGCGCGGCGGUCGGGGAGGAGAGCGAGGCCGCGGCUCACGAGGCAAUACCUACACCCGCGGCACCGCUGGACGAAGUCGCAGCAACGGCGCACCGACGGACAACAACACGGAGCGACCGACACAGCAAAUCUACGCGCGCGGCGGCUCACGAGGUGCAAACCGCGGUGGAGCUGCUCGAGGAACCACAACCACAACCACCACUGCGGCUCCACGCGGUCGAGGAAACCAUUCGAACUUCACCGCACCCACAGCAUCAUCCUUUGGCGGCCUGAACUCGACACCCUUCAGCCAAGAUGACUACGCAAAGCGACUGGAACAUAUUCGAACCUCGCGACCGAAACUGCGCGAGCGAUUCAUCCAGGAAGGCCGCAUGAACCCGGAAGGCCAGAUGCGCCUUUCCGACUCGGUCAAGCUCUACGGCCUCUGCACCGACAUGUGCCCCGAGUACGAGCGUGUGCGCCGCAUAGUCGAGGACGACGUCAAGCCGCCUGAAUGCCCUAACUUGGCUCAGACACCAGAGACCGAACAUCUCCCACGAAAGCAGCGCAUCCCGGACGAGUCACGCAUGGUCAAGGCAUAUACUCGGUCUGCAGCAGGCAUGGAUGUUGAGCUGGUCUCGGAGAUCCGCUCGCCUCCAACCUGCCUUAAAACACUCGACUAUCUCAUGCAGCGACUGGACAAUGACGCCUUCGAUUUCCUACACAGCUGGAUCUGGGACCGAACACGAUCCAUCCGAAAAGACCUCCGAACACAGCGCAUCGAGUCAAAAUCUGACAUAAACAUCCUUCUUACUUGCCUCGAACGCAGCGCCCGAUUCUUCAUACUUUCCGCACAUCAGAUGGCACGCAGCCAGCGCGAUGACUACGUGCACCAGCAAGAUGUUGAGCAGCUCAACCAGACGAUAACCUCCCUGAACGAGCGUUAUGCAGACAACCGACGUAUCAACUACCCUUCCGAAAAUGAGGCCGAAUUCUUCGCAUACCGCUUGGUUUUGGCUCCUCUUUUCAGCAAGAGCCAAUAUGAGAACGAUUUACAAGCGCUUCCCGAUCAUCUCCGAAAGAACACCCGGGUCAAGACUGCCAUUGUCAUCCACCGCGCCAUCAACGCCGUCAUCCUAGACAAGAGCAGUUCCUUCAACCAAGCUCAAGCAAAUUGGAAGAAACUGUGGAGCUUGAUCAAGUCCUCGCGUGUGUCAUACCUCAUGGCAUGUGCAGCCGAGUUCUCCUUCCAGCGCGUGCGCCACACCAUCCUAGACACGUUAUGGCGCGCGUAUCGGUAUGGCAACCAAAGCCGGCCGCAGACGAUUGAGUCCUGGACGGUUGCCAAGCUCAGGGAAACUAUGGCUUUCGACACCGACGCUGAGACUGUAGAAUUCUGCGAGAUGUUUGGCUUCCAGUUCAACUCCGUCGAUGGUGGACCCGUCUUCCUCGAUGUUACUGCACGUGGUUUCUCAAAGGAUUCGUUAGAUCUCGUGAAAGGCAAGGACCAAAUAUUCUCCCAGGGCAUCGUGGAAGAGAAGCGGAAAGGCCGCGCAUUCUCGGCUGUUGUGCAGGGCAUGUCUGUUCAGGAGGCGGAACGACGCAGCCUCAUGAGCGGCUCGAGCAGGGAAGAGACAAAUGGAGAGACGACCAAUGGAGAAACAGAAGACGACACUUCGCUAUUCGUCCCAGAGGCUCGCUCUGCGCAAUCGAACGUCUUUACGCAACCCAAGAGCAGCUUCGGUCCCCCAACAACAAAUCCCUUCCUACCAAAGACGGCGGUCGAAUCCAACCCCACAACCCCGAAACCGAAUCCAUUCUUGCCAAGUCAACAAGCUGCACCCGUCUCUGGCGCUGCUGCGAAGCCCAACCCAUUUCUAUCACAGCCACCAGCCUCUACUCAAAGUAGUGCUGGCUCUGCUGUAGGCGCCGCACGACCCGGUUUGUUCAAUCCUUCCGAGAACUCCAUCAAGUUCGCAUCUUCCGACACAGCAACUACGCCAUUUGCGGGUGUCAGCCAACCAAACCCGUUCCAACCAGCAGCCCCGGCCAACGCCACAAGAAGUGCAACAAAUGGGACCCCUCCUCCAGCCUUUAGUUUUUCUUCCACACCGGCCACACAGGCGACUCCAGCGACUACUACGUCUACUCCACCAAGUGCCAACACCAGUACUUUCGUCUUCCCUGGACUCAACGAAGCCGCCUUGAAGGCAUCCACACCAACUCCGUCAUUCUCCUUCACGCCAGCAGGAUCGCCUGCUCCAGCUGCAUCCUCGCUGCAGGACGCAGAAAAGCAGAAGGCAGAAGAGGAGACGCGACGCCAAAAACAGGCAGCCGACGCCGAAGCUCAACGGCAGCGUGAACAAGCAGAGCUGGCUCGACGAGCAGAGCAGCAACGGAUUGAAGCGGAGCAACAACGACAACGCUUGCAAGAGGAGGAGCGAAAUCGGCAACUACGAGAAGCUCAACAGGCGCAAAUGCGCGAGCAGGAGGAACGACUGGCACGUCAGCACGCGCUUGACAAUGGAUAUCAAACGCUUGCGGAGAACGUCAUGUUCGAUGUGAACGAGGGACUAAUGAUACAGUUUGUUGAGAAUCUGAUUCAAACCACGGCGGCCCAGGUUAUAGCUGCUGAUAGGCAGGAAAAGCUACAGAAGUUGCGGGAGAAACAAGAGGCUGUGGCGGAUGCCAUGGCACAUCAGCGAACGUUGCGAUUACAGCGUGCGGUUAUGGUGAAAUUACUGGCGAGGGUUGAGAAGAAGAGACGGGAUCAGCAAGUUCGGGACAGGCGGAAGCGGUUGAGAGAGCAAAAGGCCAAGAUGGCGAAUACGGACGAAGCAGCCUCAGACCUGCCCACACCUACAGAGUCUGAAGGCCAGCCGGAUCGUCUCGAAACUGGAGCGACAUUCCGCAAACCACAAGCGCCGGCAAGCGCGAGACGUGCAAGACGCACUGAGGAGCGACGCGGUACCUCAAACUCCCAGCAGAAUGGAGCCCCGGAAUUGGCUAUGCAGGCGCAGCAGCCAGCUGCUCGAGCUGUCCUUACACCAGUCAGUACGAACAGCAGCCAAACCUCCAACGCGGGUUACUCGGAUUCAUAUCGAAAGUCUACUGCGCCGAUCGAUCGCACCGAAACCGACUGGUUCUCAUUGCGUGCGGAAGGCUACGAUCCAAGCACACUUCGCAAGCGCCAGUUUGAUACCACGAUAGAUGAGGAUCAACAAGAUAUCGAAUCGAAGCGCCCAAAGAUGUCACCCUCCACCGAGCCAUCACCAGUGCCCCAGGCAACGUCCACCGCGGACCGUCGUGCUCGCCUAGAAGCCAUCGGGCAGCAGUUCCGGAGGUCUACAGGCUCGCCUCAGGCUGCGACUGCUUCCUCUCCAUUCAACGGACGGUCUUCAUUGGGCAAAUCGGCAAGUACGCUCAUCGAGCAGGCUAAGCAAGUUCUGGCUCGCUCAAAACCAUCGCCUCCCUCUGUUCAGCACGAUUUUGGUCGCAGCGUGCCCAAUCUUAAUAUCCAUCGGCGAACAAUGUCAGCCCAGACAUCUGUCCUGGGACGGUCAAUGGGCGCACGAAAUGAUCGCCCAGCUUACUGGAAUCGACCAAGUCGAUUUGUCCCCAAGGAAUGCUACGGUCAGGGCGCAAAUGCCGUUCGCGACUACCGGAUCAAGUACGGAUUAAGCUCACCUGCCAACACACGCCCCAACAGCAUUGAGCCUGUGGUGUCGGCCUCGUCUCCAAUCUCCACGCAAAUGUCAUACGCGCCCGUCAACAGCUAUACGCAAGAACAGUACAGCGAAGAAGAGUCCAGCGGUAUUGAAAUCGUCGACGUAGACGCCGAGGAAGAAAACCCCGGUGCCACCGAAGAGGAAGAGAAUUCCGCCACCACUGAAGAAGAGUACGAUAGCGACGACGAGGGCGACGAGCAAUUGCAUCGUCGUCAAUCACAUCCCAAAAUGUACCGCCAAACCGAAUACGACGAGGACGGCGACUCGCCCAUGCCCGACGACCAAGACGACGGCGGCUACGUUAACGGCCAGUACGCCGACGAUGCACUUGUAGACUACGAGGGCUACACCGAAGACUCAGACGCCGAUUCUGACUCGGACUCUGAGACGCAGUUCGCACAGCACGUCAAGCCGGCGCAGAAGAAGGCCACUCCUCCACCCACCGGCGGUAACUGCGAGGAAGACGCCAUUGAGCUUUCCGAUUGA